CUAACUCUCUUGAGGACUACAGUAAUCAUCGACCUUAACUUACAGACCGGCUCAUCUUAGACGUAAACGCUUACACGUCCUCUACAGCUAAACGCAGACCGAUGGCCAUGUACCGGUUCCUUGACUUUAUGUCUCGGGUUCCUUCCCGGUCGAUUUGACGUAUCAACAUCGGUCGAGCGGCCCUCGGUUGCCCUUCUCAUGCAGCGAUACCACGCAAACUCGCUCAACAACGGAUGAUGCAACCUCCUUGCGACUUGCGGCGUCUUCUGAACCUAACUUCGGCCGGACCGUUUCUACACCCCAAUAAAGCACUCGGCCUUCCAGAAACCCCUCCGACCUUUCUUCACCCAUCCAAGACAAUCUCUCCAACUUGCCUACGGUCGGGAGGCAACCCUUGGCUAGUGGCCCAUCCAUGUUUUCUUCUGGAGAUGCAAGACAACGAUUAUCUGCAACACCAGCCAUUGCGACCGCUGCCCACCGUUGGCCGCUUGCAGUUACGACGCAAGAACCGGCGGAAGACGGGUUGGCACGAUGUAAGCCCGCCGCAUUGCUUGCAUCCGAUGUCAAUCGCCAGCCCUCUGAUAGGCUGCCGCUGUUCCCAACGUCAGGAACGCGACCCGGUGGUAAAUGCAACCCAUCCCGCAGAUGGUUGUGGAAACCUGCACCGAUACAAUCACCACGUCCGAGCAGGGCAACUCAACAAGCCGAUCAACUUCCCUCUCGCUAGGACGAUGACUGGGUUCGGGUCUGGGCCAGCCCAGCUCCAAGCCUGGCAGUCUGAGCGGGAUACAACCAACUCGUACCAACCUCCCAAUAACCACUACGAAAUCUAGCUUACUCUUCAGCCCCGAGGUCGCUCCGAAUCUCGCACAAACGCCUCGACACCACAACUCACAAUUAGCCUUUGCAGGCGUGUGUCACUCACCAUGUCCGGUCGUAACACACC